AUGGCCUCAGCACACCAUUUUCAUGUGUUGCUAGUGCACCUCAGUACCCUUGCAUUCCUGUUGUCCGAAGCACCAACUGCUACUCAAGCAACGACAGCCAUGGUCAAGCCAGGCUGCGCGGAUCGUUGUGGGAAUUUAAGAAUCCCAUACCCAUUUGGCAUCACUAAAGACUGCUAUCUAGACGAAGCCUUCCUCGUCACUUGCAACCACUCUUUCAACCCUCCCAUUGCAUUUUUGGGAACCAGUAACCUAAAUGUCACAGAGAUAUCCCUUCAAGGUCAGUUGCAGCUCUGGCAGUUUGUAGGCUAUGAUUGUUAUGAUCGGAAGGGGAAGGAACGGUCCUAUAGCGGAGCCACGUUUGAACUUGCCAAAUUUACCAUCUCCACCGAGAAUAAGUUCACAGUAAUCGGUUGUGAUACUUUAGCGUAUAUGGAUUUCUAUCAAGGUGAGGAGCUAGAGAAGUAUUCCACAACUGGAUGCGUAUCUAUAUGCGACAACCUCAACAGUGUCGCUGAUGGUUCUUGUUCCGGAGUUGGCUGUUGCCAAACAUCCAUCCCUAAAGGGGUGUGGAGCAUUGAUAUCCAGUUAUCUAACUAUAAUAACUAUACAAAUGUAUCAGGCUCCAAUCCUUGCGGCUAUGCCUUUGUUGCCGAACAAAGUGAGUUCAAAUUCACACCGACGUACCUUAGAAAAUUGCAAAACACAAGCAUGCUUCCGAUGGUGGUCGAUUGGGCCGUUGGAAACGAAACAUACAAUACCAAGUGUUACAAACCCGAUAAUGGUUAUGCCACUUCUGGGUAUCGCUGUGAUUGCGUGGAGGGGUACGAAGGUAACCCAUACCUCACUAAUGGCUGCCAAG